CUCAUCUGUAGCUCUGUGGCUAGGUUGGCAGUAGGUUGUUUUCCUGAUAGCCGCCUGGGGUUCCUACCCGUCGCCACUGAACUCCGCCACUGCAAAAUCGGUCAUUACGGCGGCACAACAGACGGACUAUAUGUUACAGAUGGACCAGCAGGACCAGUCCUAUAUGUUUGCCAGUCUGAAACGGCCUCACUCAGAACAGCUGCUGCAAGGCCUCCAGCUCUUGCGGCAGGAUCACGAACUAUGUGACAUUGUCCUGCGUGUGGGUGAUGCCAAGAUCCAUGCCCACAAAGUAGUGCUGGCCAGCAUCAGCCCGUACUUCAAGGCCAUGUUUACGGGUAACCUGUCGGAAAAAGAGACAUCUGAGGUGGAAUUCCAGUGCAUUGAUGAGACUGCCUUACAGGCCAUUGUUGAGUAUGCCUACACUGGGACUGUGUUUAUCUCCCAGGAAACUGUGGAAUCUCUGCUACCGGCUGCCAACUUACUCCAGGUUAAGCUAGUACUUAAGGAGUGCUGCUCCUUUUUAGAAAGUCAGUUAGAUGCUGGAAACUGUAUAGGCAUCUCCCGUUUCGCAGAGACGUAUGGCUGUCAUGAACUGUGCCUGGCUGCAACGAAGUUCAUCUGUGAGAACUUUGAAGAAGUUUGUCAGACGGAGGAGUUUUUUGAACUUACGAGGGCCGAGUUGGAUGAAAUUGUGUCCAAUGACUGCUUAAAGGUGGUGACAGAGGAGACUGUGUUUUACGCUUUGGAGUCGUGGAUCAAAUACGAUGUGACUGAGAGACAGCAGCACCUGGCUCAGCUGCUGCACUGCGUCCGCCUUCCACUACUCAGCGUCAAAUUUCUCACUCGCCUAUAUGAAGCCAACCACCUUAUACGAGAUGAUCACGCAUGCAAGCACCUGCUCAAUGAGGCCCUCAAAUAUCAUUUUAUGCCUGAGCACCGACUCUCCUAUCAGACUGUGUUGUCGGCACGGCCCAGGUGCGCCCCCAAGGUUCUGCUGGCAGUUGGAGGCAAGGCGGGGUUGUUUGCAACAUUAGAAAGCAUGGAAAUGUAUUUCCCACAGACUGAUUCAUGGAUAGGGCUGGCCCCGCUUAGUGUUCCCCGGUAUGAAUUUGGAGUGGCAGUCCUGGACCACAAGGUGUAUGUGGUAGGAGGCAUCGCGACGCACAUGAGGCAAGGCAUCAGCUAUCGGAGACACGAGAGCACAGUGGAGAGCUGGGACCCUGAAAGCAACACUUGGUCCACGGUGGAGCGCAUGGCUGAGUGCCGCAGCACACUUGGGGUGGUGGUCCUGGCUGGGGAACUGUACGCCCUCGGAGGCUACGACGGCCAGUAUUACCUCCAGUCAGUGGAGAAGUACGUCCCCAAGUUAAAGGAAUGGCAGCCUGUGGCGCCCAUGACAAAGUCCCGCAGCUGCUUUGCCACUGCCGUGCUUGAUGGCAUGGUGUACGCUAUUGGAGGCUACGGCCCAGCCCAUAUGAACAGCGUUGAGCGGUACGACCCCAGCAAGGAUGCCUGGGAAAUGGUAGCCCCCAUGGCAGACAAGAGGAUCAACUUUGGAGUAGGUGUCAUGCUCGGCUUCAUAUUUGUUGUUGGCGGACAUAACGGAGUUUCACACCUGUCCAGCAUUGAGAGGUAUGAUCCGCAUCAGAAACAGUGGACGGCAUGUCGGCCAAUGAAUGAACCACGCACUGGUGUUGGCUCUGCCAUCGUGGAUAACUACCUCUAUGUUGUGGGAGGCCACUCGGGGUCAUCCUACCUGAACACUGUCCAGCGCUAUGAUCCUAUCUCAGACAGCUGGUUGGACUCUAGCGGAAUGAUGUAUUGCCGUUGCAACUUUGGUCUGACUGCCCUUUGACCCAUGGCUCAGGCGGCUAGGACCCCAUGAGAGAACUUAUAGACACAAAGACGUUUCUUUUUUGUUGUCUCCUCCUUCUUCCCCACAUUCAUCCUCCAGGUGCAGAGGAGUGCUACACACAGACGUGGACACCAGAGGAGAGAGAGCGCCUGCUGGGUGGAUGGAUGUGCCGGGCUAGCUGGCCGGCUAAACGGGGACCACAAGCAUAGUAGCAGAAAUGAGGAAAAGAGCUGCAAAGUUGUGCUGAAAGAAAGGCAAAUGACGGGACAGAUUUUGUCACUGGACUGAGGAGAUAACUGCUCUGCUGCUGCUGCACCACAAUGAGGACUCUGAGCCAUUUCCCAGAGGAUUGUGGGGGAAAACUUGUCACUUUUGUUUCAAAAUGAUGUUAGCAGACAUUGUUUUGUGUCCUUCUUCAUGCCAUUAAUUAUGUUUAACACUUAAUGACGUCACUUAAUUUCCCUGCUGCAACUAGAACCGUGCGUUGAAGUUUUGUAGAACACCGCAGUCGGCUGGUGUAAUAUGUAUGAAAAUGUGUUUGUCGGCCAUGUAGCGUGUGUGUCUGUUUGAAUGCUCGAGGGGUACAUGCAUGUCAAAUAGGAUUGUUUGUUUUGGUACGUGUCUGCGUGCAGAACUGAUGCUUUGGGCUCAGUGACGAAGGAGUUCUGCAUCUAAAUCAGUGCUUCACAAGUAAACAGACAACUUUCAAUCUUUAUAUUUUCUCCAAAAGGGCUGCCUUUUUCUCUCUUGUAAAUAGUCUCAAUGAAAUAUAUAGAUAUGAAUAUAUCCUCUAGUGCAUUGCCUGUAAAUGUUUUUCUGCACUGGGUCACAAGUGUGUGUGUGUGUGUGUGUGUGUGUGUGUUGUGUGUUUGGAUGAGUGUGAAGUUUGAUUUCUGCGUUGAGGUGAAUAGCAAACUCUCUCCUGAGAGUAUUUGCCACCCGUCACUUCUUCAUACCCGGAGCCAUUAAACAGCCCCAUGUUCUAGCUUCUGUUACAUCUUCUUAAGGUCAGGUCAUGGACUUGCUUUUCUUCAUAGUAGUUGAAUUGGACCUUGGCCCUCUUUCUCCACCCUUUGGUCUGUACACAAUACCAACUGGUGCUAUAUUUAGGAUUCAGCUGUUUUGUCUGCGUUGCCUCAUACAAUUAGGUCAACCUCUGUUCAGCCUCUGCCGCAUUACUAUGUUACAUCUUUGAUUUAGUUGCAUUUCAUUUUAAAGGCCCCAUAUAAGGCAAUAAAAAAAGGCCCUACUGAAUGGGAAGCUUGUGAUUGGAUAACAGCAGUACUCUGAAUAUUAACAUCAUAUAUAAAUGGAAGUUUUUUUUUUUUUUUUUUUUUUGGUUGUCCUUAAUUUCUAAUGAGGCUGAGUUAGCAUUACCCUUCUUCCACAUAUUCCCUGCAGUAGAUUAAGUUUGCCUUAUGUUCUCAAUUUCUGUCCCCAGUAUAAAGUCACUCUCUUAGCAUGUAAUUGGUCCUGACACCUGCUCACUGCACUCACCACCAAACGUGAUUGUCAUGUGGCCUUGGUCUUGCUUGCAGGCUCAGGUAUGAGGUAAUCCGUUCACAGCUUCAUGUGAAGUGCCAAAAACCUGAACUUUUCUUUUUUUCUUCUUCUUCUUCCUCACCUCCAAUGCUAGAAGCAGCUUCCCAUUGUGUGCCACAGUUAGAACAGUUGCUUUUGUGCCCUUAUUGUUCAUGUGUUAGCAUUACAUCUUCCAUGCCGUCUUAUGGAUGGAUGAUAAUAAAGCACCAAGGGCUGUGCCAGAACACUCAGGACAUGUCGCCACCUGUUCUGUGUCCUGGGAGGUAAAACCCCAGUGUGUUCCUAUGGGUGCAUCCAACUUCACGCCGGCUGAUGGUGCCACUAUGUGCAGCCUUUGCUAACAUCUAAUGGACACAUCAAGCAAUGCACAGCAAUAGAGGGGAGGGAGGUCUGAUGUGUCUUGUUGAGUCACUUUGAAUAGUCAAGUCUAGUUUGAGCUGCUUUGUGCACUGAUGUCUGCACACACAAGUGGAAACUUACCGAGCUCUGCAUUGCACUUACCAAACGAUUUGAUACAUGUUGUCAUUUGUACAUAUGUUUUAAUUUAGUAUAAUGGCAUUUAGAUGCAAUAAGACGUAUGUUCUCUCUGUGGAUGGAAAUGUUUUGUGUUUGUCUCUU